GCUGUGGUGGAUAUUUGCAUGCAGAUACAGGAAUUAUCACAUCCCCCAAGUAUCCAGAGACCUAUGCUCCCAACCUCAACUGCUCCUGGCAUGUCCUGGUUCAGAGUGGUCUGACCAUUGCUGUCCAUUUUGAGCAACCUUUCCAGAUUGUAAAUGGAGACUCUUCCUGCAACCAUGGGGAUCACCUGGUGCUAAAAAAUGGACCAGAUAUCCAUUCUCCACCCUUGGGGCCCUCUGGAGGAAAUGGCCGCUUUUGUGGUGUUCAUGCUCCGUCAACUCUGUUCACCUCAGAUAAUGAAAUGUUUGUUCAGUUCAUUUCUGAUACUAGUAAUGGAGGACAAGGAUUUAGGAUCAGAUAUGAGGCACAAAGUCUAG